GUCACUGAACGUAAAUGAUAUUUAAAGAGUGGCGAUAUACUCAGAGGCGUAUCAGUUUGAUUGUCACUCGAAAUAUGGAUCGUUGGGUGAAUAAAGUUGCUGUUGUAACGGGUGCGAGUUCAGGAAUCGGUGCAGCAAUUGCGGAAGCCUUUCUAAAAGAAGGUCUCAUCGUCGUUGGCGUUGCCAGAAGGUUAGAGAACCUGGAAGCGUUAUCGGUAAGCAAUCAGGAAGCAAAAGGGAAGUUCUAUGCGAGGCAGUGUGACAUAACCAAUACCGAGGAACUUCUCAAGACUUUAAAGUGGGUCGAUAACGAAUUAGGAGGCAUUGAUAUCCUUGUCAACAACGCCGCCAUAUGGAGCGUCAAACGUGUUAUAGAUGGCAACGUUGAAGAGUUCCGGAAGCUACUCGACCUCAACGUCUUGGCAACUGCAGUUUGCGUUCGGGAAGCCGUGGAUUCCAUGCAGAGGCGUAACGUCGCCGGUCACAUCAUCAAUAUAAACAGCAUGGACGGACACUGGCUUCCUUUUAUGGGAAAUGCGAGUCUGUAUCCAGCGACUAAAUUCGCGAUCACGAUAAUGACCGAGACGGUGAGACGAGAGCUCGCAGUUGCGAAUAGCAGGAUAAAAAUCACGAGCGUCAGUCCAGGAUUCGUGAAGACGGACAUCAUGCGGGCAUCUGGGGUCCCCAACCCCGAACAUUUUUUAGACAAUAUUCCUCAUCUUCAGCCAAAAAGUAUAGCUGAUGGUGUUCUCUACGUUUUGGGUACACCAGAGGAUGUUCAGGUGACGGAAUUGUCGAUACGUCCAGUUGGUGAAAAUGCAUAAGAAGUGCAACCAAGAUGCAGACGGAUACAUACACACAUUCUCUGAAAGCUCUCGGCAUCGCUGUUCAACAAUAAGUGUGGUCCUUUCACAAUUUAAAUAAUGUGAGAUUGUAAUCAAUGUGUAUCUACCUAUGUACGUGGGUGAUCAUAGGAUCCCCAGGUAGUUAGGAUUAGUUCUGCGGAGUUUUACUUCGUUUCAUUGAUCACAUGAUGCAUGUGACCUUAAAAAAUAAUAUUCCACAUGU